GCCCUUAAUUAUUGCCUUCUUUAUAAUUUCACCUAUAAAUCCUCUUUCUAUAUACACCAUUUUUAUACUAUCACUCUCUCUUAUUCUCCUACUCCUCCUUUCAUAUACGAAAAUACAGAAGAAGGGGGGGAAAACAUAGCAAAAGCCUUAUGUUUUUCGUAGAAAUAUCUCUUUCAGGGUUUCGAGUUCCCAGAGUUCCUUUUUUGAAUAAUACGUGAGUUUUUUCUCGAGAAAAUUCUGAGCUAGGAGCGAGGUUGUUUUAUUGUAGUUAGAGGCAAGUAUGGAUAUAUCGACUGCUUUGCUCCUUUUGGCAGCAAUCACGGCUUACCUACUGUGGUUCACGUUUAUCUCACGGUCGCUAAGUGGUCCACGUGUCUGGCCUAUGUUGGGCAGUCUACCUGGCUUGAUCGAGAACUGCGACCGCAUGCAUGACUGGAUCUCCGACAACCUCCGUGCCUGCGGCGGUACGUACCAGACAUGCAUUUGUGCCAUCCCCUUCUUGGCUCGGAAACAAGGUCUCGUGACGGUCACGUGCGACCCGAGGAAUUUGGAGCACAUCCUCAAGUCUCGUUUCGACAAUUAUCCCAAAGGUCCCACAUGGCAGGCCGUGUUCCAUGAUCUACUCGGUCAAGGCAUCUUCAACUCCGACGGAGACACGUGGCUCUUCCAAAGGAGGACCGCCGCACUGGAAUUCACAACCAGGACUCUUCGCCAAGCCAUGGCUCGAUGGGUCAGUCGAGCCAUCAAGCUCCGGUUCUGCCCCAUUCUCGAGGAAGCUCAAAACCAAGGGCAGCCGGUUGACCUACAGGACGUGUUGCUUAGGCUCACUUUUGAUAACAUUUGCGGCUUAGCUUUUGGAAAGGAUCCACAAACAUGCGCCCAAGGUUUACCCGAAAACAGCUUCGCGUCGGCUUUUGACCGAGCCACUGAAGCCUCUCUUCAAAGGUUUAUUUUGCCUAAGGUUUUAUGGAAGCUAAAGAGAUGGCUCCGGCUUGGCUUAGAAGUGAAUCUGAGCCGAAGCCUUGUCCACAUGGAUGAAUAUUUAUCCAACGUCAUCAAUUCACGAAAGAAAGAAUUGCUUACUCAGAAAAAAGAUGGGAACCCACACGACGAUUUGCUUUCGAGAUUUAUGAAGAAAAAAGAAACCUAUUCCGAUGAGUUUCUCCAACACGUGUCACUCAAUUUCAUUCUAGCUGGACGUGACACGUCAGCGGUUGCUCUCAGUUGGUUCUUCUGGCUCAUCAUCCAACAUCCAAUAGUCGAAGAUAAAAUUUUACGCGAAAUUUGCAUUGUCCUAAUGGAAACACGCGGUGUCGACAUGUCAACAUGGUUCGAAGAACCUCUAGGGUUUGAAGAACUUGACCGAUUGAUAUAUUUGAAGGCAUCAUUAUCUGAAACUCUAAGGCUAUACCCUUCGGUGCCAGAGGAUUCAAAACACGUGGUGGCUGAUGACGUGUUGCCAGACGGAACAUUUGUUCCGGCGGGAUCAUCGGUGACAUAUUCAAUAUAUUCAGUAGGAAGAUUGAGGUUAACAUGGGGUGACGAUUGUCUCGAGUUUCGUCCCCAAAGGUGGUUAUCAGGAGAUGAGAAGGAGUUCAUCCAGCACGACUCUUACAAAUUCGUGGCAUUCAAUGCCGGGCCAAGAAUAUGUUUAGGAAAAGGUUUGGCUUAUCAACAGAUGAAAUCGGUGGCGGCUGCGACACUAUUGAGGCAUAAGCUGACGUUGGUGCCCGGCCAUAAGGUGGAGCAGAAGAUGUCACUGACACUGUUUAUGAAAUACGGGCUUAAAGUUAACGUGCAUAAGAGAGAUUUGGGAGCAGUUGUUGAAAAGAUUACCGGGGAAGAGAAAAAGCAAGGUAAAUUGUGAAUUUUUGAGCGGCGAUGGGGCCACUGAGAGUUAUAUUGUUCACGGAUAUUGAGCAAGGAAGUUGGGUACAUAAUCAAUGGCAAAUCUUUUAUAAGAAGGGAGAGGUAUUUUAAAUUUUACAAUUAUAUAUAUAUUUAUAUAUUAUACUCUUUUUCUUUUCUUGUAGGGAACCUUUUGAUUUUUUUUUAUAAAAUUUC